UCGGAGCAGUAAGUGCCUUACUUUCUCUCUCGCAAGCAACAUGAAUUUCAUUACGACACAUACAAAGAAGAGAUGAGGCGAAACACUCUACUUCUUCAUAGCAGCACUCAGAAUUCGGCAUUCAACUCUGAAGAGGAAGAGGUGACGAAAAAAUGAGACGGGAAAGAUUAUAUCUCAAAAAGAACAAGUCCGUCGUCUUUUGUGCCGUUGGAUGAUGAUGAUGAUCACAAUCUAUCUUCCUCUGUUCACCACUCACUGAACACCCCGAAGCAGCAGAGAAAGCUGAGCAAAAGUUAGAACCAGAAGCAGCAGCAGUUUGAGAGAGUCUGGUUGGAACCUGUCCAGAAAUUGAUCGGAAAAAAAGUCAAGCGUCAAAAAAUCGUGGAACAAUGGCUGCUGCAUCCAACACCACGACCUCCUCCGCCUCCUCCCAUUCUCUUAGCGAAGUCCCAGAAGUCAAGGCUGUCUCGGCGGCGAACACCACCUUUUCACUUGACUUGUUUAAUGGACUCAAAGAACAAUUUCCGUCCAACUUGAUCUACUCUCCAUUCAGCUUGAGUGCGGUUGUGGCAAUGGUUCAAGUCGGAGCGAGGGGAGAAACUGCGUCCGAAAUCGCCACCGUGUUUCACUACCCGACGGACAUGAUAACUCUGGGAAAAGGAUAUACCUCGGUUUUGGCAUCCUUUCAGACAACUAACGAGGGAUACACGCUCUCCUCGGCGAAUCGACUCUAUACCAAUGUGGGCUUCCGGAUAAAGGCCGACUAUUCCAAGGCAGUUAAGGACAAUUUCUUGGCGGAGGUGGAACAACUAGAUUUCGCCCAAAAUGUCGCCUCAGCAGGGACCAUUAAUGCCUGGGUGGAGGAGACAACUCAUGGGAAAAUCAAGGAUCUCAUCCCACCCGACGCCCUCAUCGGAGCCAGUCUGAUCCUGGUGAACGGAAUCUACUUCAAAGGGCUGUGGUCGCGCCAGUUCAAAACCACUGAUACGAAGAAAGCUCCAUUCUUCCUGGGCGAAAAGGACGCCGUGGAUGUGGACAUGAUGAGCCAAACUUCCAAGUUUUUGUACGGAAAUUUUCCCGACGUGGGCGCCCACGCUGUUGCUUUGCCGUACAAAGGCGAAAGGUUGAGCAUGAUUAUUAUCGCCCCGAAAGAAAAGACGGGUCUCUCCCGGGUGGAAGAGGGGUUGAAGAAGUACACUCCACAAGCAAUUUUCGACAAUUUAUACGCAACGGAGAAAGUGAUUGUACGACUUCCAAGGUUCAAGAUUGAGUCAACGAUGCCUCUCGUUCCCACGUUGAGAAAGAUGGGCUUAUCAGCCAUGUUUACUGGACGGGCAGAUUUUAGUGGGAUUCCUCAAGAUAAGGAACAACUCGUGGUCACUGAGGUUAUCCAGAAAGCGUUCAUCGAGGUGAACGAGGAGGGCAGUGAAGCUGCGGCAGCGACGGCAAUCAGGAUGGCGAGAUGUGCUCCGCCGAUGUGCGAUAUGCCGACAGAAUUCAAUGCAGAUCGCCCAUUUAUUUUCCAGAUUGUGGAUCGUCAAACUAAUUUCGUUUUGUUUGCGGGACGAUGCAAUAAUCCGUUACAGAACAAGUAACAAGGUUGAAUUAUUACAGUCAUGAUCAUUUAAAUGCAAUUGUGUACAAGGUGCAAUUAAGUAACUAAUCUGUGAAAAAGCUAAACUUUCCCAAUUAUAUUUAAAUGCUUUAAAAAUUAUGUUACCUUUAUUGUUUAUAAUAUUUGCGUAUUAUUUAUAGUAUUAAAGCAAAGAUGAAAUAAAAUUUGUGCAUGAUGACAGUCCACCACCACCAACCCUGCAUGCAAUUAUGAAUAAAAUUUGUAUUGAUUGGUUUAUUUUGAGUUAAA